UAGAUGUAGCAGUCGUUCUAGUUCCAAGGAUUUUUGCGAGUAGAGAUGGUCUCAAAGGUCAUGGUUUCAAACCGAUUCAAGGGCAGUUUAUGAAUCGUGAAUGCAUUCUUCGAUAGAGCAGGACAGUCGAGUUACUUUGCUAAUCUAUCGCGUUACUAAUUGGUUGCAAAGAGUCACAAUACAUGCAUUUUCUUAACGUGUAAAAACGAUAAAUGAUUCACACCUACUGUCGACAGACCGAUUGCUUAUCUUAUCGUAAUCGAUUUUUUCUAAUCUGUUGAUAUUCGAAACGGGGUUUGGUGUGACAUAUUAAAGCAUGGGUAACGGAUCAUUUGAACGUCAUUAACCAACAGUCGGCAGUACGAGGUGUCAAGUGUUCAGUUCUUAGUUACAUUUUUAAGUGGUUCCGCAUUCAAACAAGAUGAAGCAAGUCGCAAUGAGCAGCUUUGUGAUCGUGUGCAUGUUCUUUGGUGCUUUUCUUUCGCUGACAAAUAGUGUGUCCGCACUGCAAUGCUACCAGUGCCAAAGCGGUGACAGCUGGAGUGAUUGUGCGGCAAAUUCACGGGCGACAGAAUGUAGCAGCGUCAGUCAGGUGUCCGUACAGGGCCGUAACGUCUUUCUACCACCCGAGGCUCGUCAAAUCGAGCCGGCCUGUGUAUCGGUGUACGCCAAGGGUACGAUAGGCGGUGUUACCGGAUACGCUUACGUCCGGGAUUGUCUGUUCAAUGACAAGGCACUGUGUGGCUUGAUUCAGGACGUGUUACCCUCCGAAAUUAGGAUUGUUGAUUGUGAUCUCUGCACAACGGACCUGUGUAAUGGUGCGAGCAACAUCAGUGUGGCCCUUUCCAGUACGGUGAUGUUGGCAGUCGCUGUAUUGUUGUGGAAGUGAAAUUAGCAUAACUUAAGACAAAAAGUUGAGAUAGUAAAUACAGCGUCAGAAUUGAACCUUUUUGACAUUAA